UCUUCUUUCCUUAACCAUAUACCAUUCUGCAAUUUACUGAGCAACAGUUUAUUUCUCAAAAUGGCUUCGAGUUCUUCUUCUUCUUCUUCUUCUUCUUCUGUUACUACAAAAACAAGCUUCGAUGUCUUUCUUAGUUUUCGAGGUGCUGACACCCGCGAUAAUUUUACGAGCCAUCUUUAUGGUGCCUUGUGUAGAGAAAAAAUUCAGACUUUCAUAGACGAUAAUUUGAAUAGAGGGGAAGAGAUAGAACCAUCUCUGAUGCAAGUGAUUGAAGAGUCUGAAAUUUCAGUGGUCAUUUUCUCAAAAGGGUAUGCGUCUUCGCCAUGGUGUUUGGAUGAAUUAAUGAAGAUUCUUGAGUGCAGAAAAACAAUGCAGCGUAUGGUUUUACCAGUUUUCUACCAUGUGGAUCCAUCUGAUGUUGAAGAACCGUCUGGUGACUUUGGAGAUGCAUUUCAGAAGCUUGAAGAAAAGUACAAGACGAGUAUGCCCAACUGGAGAUUUGCUUUGAAGGAGGCCACCACUCUGUCCGGAUGGGAUUCUAAGAACCACAGGCCUGAUUCCACUUUAGUUGAGGUAGUUGUCAAAGAUGUCAAAGACAUUUUAAGCAAAAUGCAUCAGAUGUCUUCCACUGAUUCUGGUGGCUUUGUUGGAAUUGAAUCUCACAUUGAAAAAAUUGAAUCCUUAUUAAGCAUCGGACCGGAAGCUGUUCGCUUUGUAGGAGUUUGGGGCAUGGGUGGAAUCGGUAAGUCAACUUGUGCUGAACUUGUAUACCAUCGCAUCUCCAAUAAAUUUGACGGUACUUGCUUUUUAGCAAAUGUUAGAGAAAACUUUGAAAAGGAAAAGGAUGAUCCGAUUCCUUUACUAGAAAAAGUUAUUUCUCGAAUUUUGAAGGAUGAAAAGGUAAAAAUCGAAACUCCUAAUAUGCUGCCCGAAUCAAUUAAACGUAGGCUUCAAAGAAUGAAGGUUCUAAUUGUUCUCGAUGAUGUCAAUGAGGCAAGACAAAUGGAGUAUUUAGUUGGCAAUGGCAAUUGGUUUGCUUCUGGAAGUAGGAUCAUUAUAACAAGCAGAGACGAACAUGUUCUUAAGCACAAAGUUAACGAACUACGACUGUACAGGGUUGGAGGAUUAUCUGAAGUUGAUGCACUCCAAUUAUUUAGUUUGAAUGCUUUCGAGCAAAAAUACCCCCUAUUAGAUUAUCUAAACUUGUCUAAAAGAGCAAUACGUUAUGCUAAUGGUCUUCCAUUAGCUCUAAAAGUCUUGGGUUCCCAUUUGUGUAAAAGGUCUAAAGAACAAUGGGAAUUAGCAUUGGAGAAUCUACCAAAAUCUCGGGACGUGCAGAAGAAUAUCCUGGGAAUUUUAGAAAUUAGUUAUGAGGAGCUAGAAAAGAGUCAGAAGGACAUAUUUCUAGAUAUAGCUUGUUUCUUCAAAGGAGAGGAGAAAGAUCGGGUGGAAAGUAUUCUAAAUGGUUGUGGUUUGAAUGCAAGUUGGGGAAUAACUCGUCUAGUGGAGAAAUGCCUCGUAGAUAUUGUGAAUAAUAAAUUACAGAUGCAUGAUUUGAUACAGGAAAUGGGUCGAAAUAUUGGUAAGCGAAAUCUUAGCAGAAUAUAUUGGGAAUCAAGUCCAGAGGAGCUGUUGAAUAUAUUCGCUGCUAAUGAGGGAAAUAAGACAAUUGAAGGCAUAUUCUUAGAUUUUUGUAGAUUUAGAGGAAAUGUCAACGAGACUUUUCCGCAAGCCUUUUCAGCAAUGGACAAUUUAAGAAUACUCAGGACUUUCAAUUAUUAUCUUUAUAAUUUUCAAUGCGAUAUUCAAUGUCUUCCCAAUAGGUUGAGUUUCCUCGAUUGGAAAUAUUAUCCCUGGGAAUCUUUGCCGUCUAAUUUUACAGGGGAAAACCUUGUGGAAUUAAAUAUGUCCCGCAGUCGACUUGAACGACUUUGGAAUGGAAAUGAGUGUCCUCAAAAGUUAAAAAGACUUAACCUCUCUUACUCUGAGCACUUGAAAAGACUUCCUAAUCUACCAGCAGCUACAAACUUGGAGUAUAUAAAUCUAAAUGGCUGUCACAGUUUGGUUGAGAUUCCUUCAUCCAUUCAGUAUCUCCACAAUCUUAAUGAACUUAUCCUAUCAGGUUGUGUAGAGCUACAAACCGUGCCAAGUCUAGUUCAUUUAGAAUCUCUCGAGAAUCUUGAUAUCUCUGGUUGCCUUAAUUUGAAGAGUCCGCCAGCGGUUCCAAGAGGCAUAAAAAUAUUAAGACUAGACGACUGUAGAUUUGGAUUAGAAGUGCAAGAGUGGUCCGCAUCUCUUGAAUUGCUCGACAAUCUUCAAGAGUUAUCGAUGAUAAGAUGCGAGAACCUAUUCAGCCUUCCCAGUCUCGUGCGUUUGGAGUCUCUCAGACAUCUUAAUCUGUCCGGAUGCUCAGGUUUGAAGAUGCUUCCAGAUAUUCCAAGAGGUAUAGAAAACUUGCACUUAGAUUCUACUGGAUUGGCGGAGUGGUCUCCAUCUAUUCUAUUUCUCAACAAUCUUAAAAUGUUAUCUACUGCCUAUUGCAUGGAUCUGAGAAGUCUUCCGAGCAAAAUUGAAUUGAAUUCUAUCGAGAAACUUAAUCUUGCAGGCUGUCGGAAUCUGAAUAAGUUUCCAGAGAUCAAUGCAAUCAGUCUACAAAUAUUAAUAUUAGUUUGGAGUACAAUAGAAGAAUUGCCCUCCUCAAUCGGUUGCCUCUCUUCACUAGUUCAUUUAGAUUUAAGGGGAUGUAGGAUGCUUGAAAGCCUCCCAAAUAGCAUUUGUGAGUUGAGCUCCUUAAAGGAGCUAAUACUAGAUGCGAGUGGAAUAAAAGAAUUGCCCUCCUCAAUUGGUUGCCUCUCUUCACUUGUUGAAUUGAAUUUAAGGAGAUGUAAGAUGCUUGAAAGCCUCCCAAACAACAUUUGUGAGUUAAGCUCCUUAAAGGAGCUAAUACUAGAUGCGAGUGGAAUAAAAGAAUUGCCCUCCUCAAUCGGUUGCCUCUCUUCACUUGUUAAAUUGAAUUUAAGGGGAUGUAAGAUGCUUGAAAGCCUCCCAAACAGCAUCUGUGAGUUGAGCUCCUUAAAGGAGCUAAUACUAAAUGACACCGGAAUAGAAGAAUUGCCCUCCUCAAUCGGUUGCCUCUCUUCACUUGUUAAAUUGGAUUUAAGGGGAUGUAAGAUGCUUGAAAGCCUCCCAAACAGCAUCUGUGAGUUGAGCUCCUUAAAGGAGCUAAUACUAAAUGACACCGGAAUAGAAGAAUUGCCCUCCUCAAUCGGUUGCCUCUCUUCACUUGUUAAAUUGAAUUUAAGGGGAUGUAAGAUGCUUGAAAGCCUCCCAAACAGCAUCUGUGAGUUGAGCUCCUUAAAGGAGCUAAUACUAAAUGACACCGGAAUACAAGAAUUGCCCUCCUCAAUCGGUUGCCUCUCUUCACUUAUUGCAUUGAAUUUAAGGGGAUGUAAGAUGCUUGAAAGCCUCCCAAACAACAUUUGUGAGUUGAACUCCUUAAAGGAGCUAAAUCUAGAUGAGAGUGGAAUAGAAGAAUUGCCCUCCUCAAUCGGUUGCCUCUCUUCACUUAUUGCAUUGAAUUUAAGGGGAUGUAAGAUGCUUGAAAGCCUCCCAAACAGCAUUUGUGAGUUGAGCUCCUUAAAGGAGCUAAAUCUAGAUAGUUCUGCAAUUAUAACAAUCCCUAGUGACAUUGUCUCUUCAUCAUCAUUAAAAGAAUUGAGUCUAAACAACUGCAAGGGACUCCAAGGUCUGCCGAAGCUACCAGAAGGUUUAAGAGAACUCUUUGCAAAAAAUUGUCUAUCUCUGAAAACUGUAGAAAGAUCACUUUUCAACAUUGUAGAAAGAUCAAUGCUGAGAAUUCAAAUAGACAUUGAGAGGUUUUUACUUGCUGACUAUACUAGAGUUGUUUUUCCGGGAAGUGAAGUUCCAGAGCAGUUUCAGUGUCAAAGUGCAGGAUCGUCAAUAUCUAUUAAGCUCUCGCCACAUUACAACAAUAAGGCAGUUGGUUUUGCUAUUUGUGCUGUUGGAGGAAAGGUUCCUACUUUGAAGGAUAGGAUUACAUGUGAUUGUCAUGUCCAAUAUGAUAAUUGCAACCGAAGGAAAGUCACAUAUUACGUAUCUGACAUGUGUGGGACUGAAUCGGAUCACGUGUUCAUUUGCAAUGAUCGGAACAGGAUGUCUCUACUCAAUGUCAAUAAGUUAUCGUUUAAGUUUGGCUGUGCUAUGGGAAAAUCAAAGAUAAAAAUGUGUGGAGUACACAUGACAUCGAUUGCUCAUUCGGGAUACCAGUUCGCGCAAUUUAGAUCUGAUAUUUCUGCCAUUAAUGAAGAUGAAGAAGGGGAAGAAUUCUUGAUAGAUUAUGAUCCUUCUUCCAAUGCUCCAGUAAUUUCCAAGAUAAACAGAGAAAUCGGGGAAGAGGAAGGGAAUGAGAAGGACGCUGCUAUAGUUCCUUCAAGUUCUUCAUUAAUUUCCAAGAUAAACAGAGAAAUCAGGGAAGAGGAAUCACAGCCUAAAAGAAAAGGAUUUCUUCUCAAAUGCUUGAAAGGAAUGAGAAGGACGCUGCUUUAGUUCCUUCAAGUUCUUCAUUUGCUAAAAUUAAAUGCUUGAGCUGUGUUAAGAGCGAAUGGAUCCAACAUCAGCAAUAGUCCACAGAUAAGAAAAAUAAAAAUUAGACCAUUGAAAAUGAUAGUAAUUUUCAGAACCUCCUACUCUGAAUGGUAAGAUUUUAUCCAGUGCCUUUGGGUCUUCACAGGUUAACAAAAUAAAUGUGAAUUUGAUUCCUUCUAUUUUUGCCCUUACUUCAGUCUCUACUUCUUUUUCUUUGCUUCUAAUAUAUUUCUUUCUAAGAAUAAUUCUUCUGCUCUUGUUGCAGCUUCCAAUAAAGCAAUAAAGGUAGGUGGUUGCACUGCCAACUUUUCACGAAUCUCCAAUCUCAAACCCCUCUCAAAUCUAUUUCUCUUCAGUUCAUCAGUUGCCACUUCCUCUGGUGCAUACCUAGAUAACCUUGUAAAUUGUAAUUCAUAGUCAGCAACAGACAUCUCAUUUUGUUUCAAUUCAAGGAAUUCAAGUUUCUUCCUCUCUUGAUA